ACAUCUGGAACAUCUACAAAGUGAAGAAAAUCUUUCACUUCAGAUACAUUUCGAUGGAUAAUAAAUAGUAACAAAUUUGGUUUUGGUACUUUAUUUAUAGGCAAAUUGUCUGUUGGUUUCAAUCAUUUUUUCAAAUUCAAUGAUUUGGAAUCCCUGCAUGGCUUGACAAUACAAAAAAAAAUGUGAAUUUCAUUAAUUACAAUCUAUACAAUCCCUUUUCAGGUGAGAGAUCAGAUGAUCCACUUUCAGAUUACACAGAAGGCAGAACUCAGAAAUUGUCAAAGAUCGAAUUCACAACAGCUAGCCAAGUGUGUAAUUGCAAAUAGAUUUAGAUUGAAGCAUGGUAGGGAAGAAUAUUUUGAUUCUAGUCCAUAGUUUUUACUACUGUGAACAUUUCCUGAUCUUGAGUAGAAGUAGACUGAAAAUGCUUCCAUGCUUACUACUGGCAAAGUAAUUGCGGUAGAAGUAGACUGAAUAACAUUGCAAACUUUUUACAAUCAUAAAAUGCCAUUGCCAUCCACUACUCAUCUCAGUCUCACAACAUAAUGUUGAAGGAGGCUCUGCACAUUCUGCUUACUACACACAAACCCCCUGAAUUAUUGCAGAACUGCAUUCUCAGGAACGCGCUUUCACAAGGGAAAGAAAUUCACUCUUCCAUCGCUCACAGGAGAUUUGCAUUUGCUACAUACCCAACUUUUUAUAAUCAGGUUCUUUACAUGUAUGUCAAAUGCGGAAGUUUGCUUGAUGCUCGAAAAGUGUUUGACAAUAUGGAAGAACGAGACAGCGUCUCAUGGAAUACGAUUAUUGCAGCGUACAAAAGACAUGGUAAUCCUCACGAGGCAGUCACACUGUUUCACCAAAUGCAACGAACAGGUUUCCAACCAGAUCAAUUCACAUUUGCCAGCGUACUCCCAGCCUGUGCUAAAAUUGGAGCUUUGGAACAGGGUAUGGACAUUCAUCAAAGCAUAACGGAUAGAGGAAUUUUGUCAGAUGUUGUAGUUGCAAGCGCCCUGGUCGACAUGUAUGCAAAAUGUGGGAACAUAGAUAAGGCGCGUGAAGUAUUUGACAAAAUGACUCAAAGAAAUGUGGUCUCAUGGACUGCAAUGAUUGCGGGAUAUGCACAAACUGGAUUUGCUGAAAAGGCUUUAGAAACUUUCAAGCAGAUGCAAACGGCAAAUGUAAAACCAAAUUCCACAACCUUUGCUAGUAUCCUCCCUGCCUGUGCCCAACUAGGAGAUUUGGAGCAGGGUAUGGACAUUCAUCAAAGCAUAAAAGAUAGAGGAAUUUUAUCAGAUGUUGUAGUUACAACUGCCCUGGUAGACAUGUAUGCAAAAUGUGGAAGCCUAGACAAGGCACGUGAAUUGUUUGACAGAAUGCCUCAAAGAAAUGUGGUCUCAUGGACUGCAAUGAUUGCAGGAUAUGCACAAAAUGGAUUUGCUGAAAAGGCUUUAGAAAUUCUCAAGCAAAUGCAUUCGGCAGGUGUAAAGCCAAAUUCCACAACAUUUAUCAGCAUCCUCCCUGCAUGUGCCAAAAUAGGAGCUUUGGAACAGGGUAUGAACAUUCAUCAAAGCAUAAAGGAUAGAGGAAUUUUGUUAGAUGUUGUAGUGGCAACUGCCCUGGUGGAUAUGUAUGCAAAAUGUGGGAGAAUGGAUAAGGCAUGUGAACUGUUUGACAAAAUGCCUCAACCAAAUGUGGUUUCAUGGAAUGCCAUGAUUGCAGGAUAUGCACAAAAUGGAUUUGUUGAAAACGCUUUAGAAACUUUCAAGCAAAUGCAAUUGACAGAUGUAAAGUCAAAUUCCACGACUUUUGCCAGCAUCCUCCCUGCCUAUGCCAGAAUGGGAGCUUUGGAACAGGGCAUGGAAAUCCAUGAAAGUAUAAUCGAAGGAGGAUAUUUCUCAGACAAUAUAGCUGGAAAUGCUCUGGUAGACAUGUAUGCAAAAUGUGGAAGCAUAGACAAGGCACGUGAAUUGUUUGACAGAAUGCCUCAAAGAGAUGUCAUCUCGUGGAAUACAAUGAUUGCAGGAUAUGUACAAAAUGGAUUUGUUGAAAAGGCUUUAGAAUUUUUCAAGCAAAUGCGAUUGGCAGGUGUAAAGUCAAAUUCCACAACUUUUACCAGCAUCCUCCCUGCUUGUGCCAAAACGGGAGCUUUGGAACAGGGUAUGGACAUUCAUCAAAGCAUAAUGGAAGGGGGAUUUUUGUCAGAUAUUACAGUUGGAAAUGCUCUGGUAGACAUGUAUGCAAAAUGUGGAAGCAUAGACAAGGCACGCGAACUGUUUGACAGAAUGCCUCAAAGAGAUGUCAUCUCAUGGAAUGCAAUGAUUGCAGGAUAUGCACAAAAUGGAUUUUGCAAAGAUGCUCUCAAAAUUUUCGAAUUAAUGAAACACUGGAGAACAUAUCCUGACAUUUUAACCUUUUCUAGUGUUCUAUGUGCAUGCAGUCAUGCAGGUUUAGUGGAUGAGGGAUGUACAUAUUUCAAUCAUAUGAAUAACCCCUAUUGCAUUACAGCUACAGUUGAUCAUUAUGUGUGCAUGGUUGACCUUCUUGCCCGUGCUGGCUAUCUUGAGGACACUCUAAACUUUAUCAUUAAGAUGCCAGUUAAACCUUUGGUGGUUGUGUGGACUUGUUUUCUUGGUGCAUGUAGAUCACAUAUGAAUAUUGGCUUAGGAGUAUUUACAGCGAUGCUGCUUUUUGAUAUGGAUCCUAAAAAUGCUGCAACUUAUGUUCUUCUCUCAAACAUCUAUGCAGAAGUGGGAAUGUGGGGGGAGGUUCAAAUGGUAAGGAGAUUGAUGAAAGAUAGAGGAAUUAAAAAGAUCCCUGGAUGUAGUUGGAUUGAAGAGCAUAAAAUGGUACAUGCUUUUUGUGCAGGAGACAGGACACAUCCACAGACACAGGAGAUCCAUGCAAAGUUGGAGAAAUUGGCUUGGGAGAUGAAAGCAGCAGGGUAUUUUCCAGAUUCAAGACAUUUACUUAAUGAUGUUGAAGAGGAGGAAAAAGAAUCGUUUCUCUGCCACCAUAGUGAAAAAUUGGCAAUUGCAUUUGGUUUGUUAAACACACCCCCUGGAACAACAAUUAGAGUUGUGAAAAACCUUCGAGUAUGUGCUGAUUGCCACUCUGCAAUUAAAUUUAUCUCCAAGAUUGCUGCAAGAGAAAUUGUUGUGAGAGAUGUGACUCGUUUCCAUCAUUUUAAACAGGGACAAUGUUCAUGCGGAAAUUAUUGGUGAAGCUAAAUGGAACACUCUGAAAAAAAGGCUUGCACUAUGAUAAUGUGCAAUGUGUUAGACCUGAUGCUAAAUGGAGCAAUCUGGAAAAUGGGUUUGCACUAUGAUAAUGUGCACCAUGCCAGACCUGAUACUAAAUGGAGCAAACCGAAACUUGGACAAUGAUAAUGUGCAUCAUGUCAGACCUGAUACUAAAUGGAGCAAACUGAUGAUAAUGAAGUAAAAAGGUUUUGUUUUCACUUUCAUGAAUCCUGCAUGUGUGAAAUGAAAGUUGGAGGGGGUGGAGAAUGGGGAAAAAUGAAAGGUGAGAUAUACUUCAAGUAAAUGGAAAGAUGCUUGACCAGAGGAAAUGGGAGAGAAGAGUUAACACCACUCUCUUCAUUUUGCAUAUUUCUUUUGUUUGAAAAAAAUUAUGUUAUCUUUUGCCGUUGUCUGGUUUGACAUUUGAGAUUAAAUUAUACGUUCCACAUUGAGUAUGUAGUUUUACAUAAGUGUAU